ACUGUCAGGCCAAACCGACCGGACCUCAUUCCUGAAGACACACCAUUAGGGACGCAUGGCGUGGUGCACAUACCCAUCGUUUCCAGCAAAACCACAGUUGAACUCCACUUUCUGCUCUAAAGAUAGAAGCACUGCGCGCUUAGUUUCUGCUCACAGCCCGGAGCAGUCGACCACAGAUGUGUAGGAUGGUGCUGUGGUCCCGCGGCCACCUACUGUAACACAGAACGACAACGUUUGAUUUCUGUGCACAUCAGAGGACAUCUCAGCCUCACCAUGAGGGACAGACUCAGCCACCUACAGGAAGUGUCCAAUGGAUAUGUGGAGGAGAUGGAUUAUGAGGAUUCAGUCGUCUCUGACACCCUCAGUAAUGUGGACAUGGAGGAGGAGCUUCCCCAUGAAGCCAUUGUAUUUGACAGCAGCCCUGCUCUGGCAGAGAUCUUCUCCCAGUCACAAGAUAUCCACAAAGAGAUCCAACUCAUCCGACUGGAGGUUAAAAGGCUCCGUGAGCAGAACUCUCGCAUUCUACAUGGCAACACCACCAUGAGUGUCAUCAAAAGGGACUCUAACGCCAUUGGUGCUGAUAUCAAGGCCCGGGCUGAAAGUGUUUUAGCACGGCUGCGGGACAUGGACGGCACAGCCCACAAGUUAGAGGAAGUACAUGGCUCAAAUUCGGCCAUCACACGUAUUGCCAGAACCCAGUACGCCUGUCUCAGCAAUGGUUUCCGUGAUGCCAUGUUUGACUAUAAUGAGGCAGAGAUGAGCCACAGGGAGAAAUGUAAAACCCAGAUCCAAAGGCAGAUGGAGAUAGUGGGACGCGAGGUGACAGGAGACGAGGUGGAGGAGAUGAUUGAGACGGGCCAGUGGAACAUAUUUUCUGACAACAUUAUGGCUGAAGGUAAAACGGCUCGAUCCGCUCUGUCCCAGAUUGAGAAGCGUCAUCAGGAGUUGGUGGACCUGGAGAACCGUAUCAAGGGCAUCCAUGAGAUUUUUCUGGAUAUUGCUAUGCUGGUGGAGGAGCAGGGCCCCAUGCUGACCACCAUCCAAACUAAUGUUCAGAAAACUGAUGAACACAUUCAGGAAGCCCUCGUCAAACUUGCCAGGGCCAAGCGUCAUGACAAGAACAACCCAUUUAAAAAGAUGUUUUGCAGCUGUUUCCCGUGUGUAGACUAAUGACUGCACAGGGAGGAGGGAUGGGAAAGUGCAGGACAGUCAAAGAAAAGACGGAAAUCCUUAGGAUAUAAAACAUGGUGAUAUUGGAUGACUGUAAUGUUUUUAUGAGAGGUCUGAGACGGGUAUCUCAAACUCAAAUUGUUUCCUGCAUGAUGUAGGUGUGGUGCAGAUCCCCCAAAUUAGUCUAUAAAAAUGUAUUCAUAAUUUAAAUGCGAUGUUAUCACUUGCCGAGUUACCUCAUGGGGCGGGCAUGAAGCAGAACAGAAAUGUAUUUGUGGAAUUGCACAAAGUCCUUGUGUCUUUGGUUAUAUGCCAUUGGAAAUCAUUGAUAAAUGCUCCAUCAAGAUGCAUUAAACUGUUUUAGAAAUUUUGAAUUGUAGUGCUUUUAAAUCAUAAAUACUUUCUUGCUAUAAGCUAUGAAAUGAAAGGGUUGACUAACUGUUUUGUUCAUAAUUUUUUCAGAUCUAACAUAUACUGUACUCUGUUUUGACAAGGAUGUAUGCGGGGAUCACACUGUUUGUAUUGUAAUGAGCAUAAUAUGUUUCCUUUAACUGCCUUUUAUGACUAAAUGUAUAAAAAUCCUUUUUUUUGUCUUUACUCUCCUUGUAUAUAACAAAUAAUAUUAUUAAAAUACAGCAGGUGUCUGGGUGUACUUGUUGAAAUCUACAUACUCGUGUAAAUAAAGAUUUAAAGUGA